CUGGAGGGGGGGGAGCGGCGGCGACGACGCGAGAUGCCGGAGGGCUCUCGCGCGGGCCCGGUCUUGGGGAAGGCGGGUGCCGGGGGCGGUGAGAGGCCUCUUCCGGACUAGGGGACGGAGCCCGACGUGGAGGUCGCGGGGCCGCGUGUCCGCCACGUCUCGCCUACCGCGGGCUGAUUCAUCGGGCUUCCCCUGGGCGCUUUCCCUUCCUCGCGGCCGGGCCCCUGAGCGUCUCCCUUUUCUGUCCAGCAUCUGUCGUGGGAGGGGCGGGACACACCAUUUUCAGGACUUGGGUCCCCCCCCCCCCCCCCGGGUUUUUCUGAGUUGAAUCGGAGGUGGAAGGAAGCGCGGUGUUUGUCCUCCCCAGUGGUCUGGAUGAGGGGAGCUCGCCCCCUGGUGGGAAGCGCCGCUCUUUGAAACCUGCUUUCCAAGUGCGUGGUUGGUGACUUUCUCUCCAGAUGCUAAGGUGCCUGGAUCUCUGGCGCAGGCAGUUGCUGAGCUGCAGCUGGAGUAGACUGUGCCUUCUGAAGCACUCUCUGUUUACAAUGAAGUUGCAAUCUCCAGAGUUCCAGUCACUUUUCACAGAAGGCUUGAAGAGUCUGACAGAAUUAUUCAUCAAAGAAAAUCAUGAGUUAAGAAUAGCAGGAGGAGCAGUGAGGGAUUUAUUAAGUGGAGUAAAGCCGCAGGAUGUGGAUUUUGCUACCACUGCUACCCCUGCUCAAAUGAAGGAGCUGUUUCAGUCGGUCGGCGUUCGUAUGAUCAACAACAAAGGAGAAAAGCACGGGACGAUCACUGCCAGGCUUCAUGAAGAAAAUUUUGAAAUUACUACACUACGGAUUGACGUUGCCACUGAUGGAAGACAUGCUGAGGUCGAAUUCACAACUGACUGGCAGAAAGAUGCUGAACGCAGAGAUCUCACUAUAAAUUCUAUGUUUUUAGGUUUCGAUGGUACUUUAUUUGACUACUUUAAUGGUUAUGAAGAUUUAAAAAAUAAGAAAGUUAGAUUUGUUGGACAAGCUAAACAGAGGAUACAAGAAGAUUAUCUUCGAAUUUUAAGAUAUUUCAGGUUUUAUGGGAAAAUUGUAGAUACACCUGGUGACCACGAUCCUGAGACUUUGGAAGCAAUUGCAGAAAAUGCAAAAGGCUUGGCUGGAAUAUCAGGAGAGAGGAUUUGGGUGGAACUGAAAAAAAUUCUUACUAGUAACCACGUACAUCAUUUGAUUCACCUCAUCUAUGACCUUGAUGUGGCUCCUUACAUAGGCUUGCCUGCUAAUGCAAGCUUAGAAGAAUUUAACAAAGUCAGUAAAAAUGUUGAAGGUUUUUCCCCAAAGCCAAUGACUCUCUUGACCUCACUGUUCAAAGUACAGGAUGAUGUCACAAAAUUGGAUCUGAGGUUGAAGAUUUCAAAAGAAGAGAAGAAUCUCGGUUUAUUUAUAGUUAAAAACAGGAAAGAUUUAAUUAAAGCAACAGAUAGUUCAGAACCUUUGAAACCCUAUCAAGACUUCAUUAUAGAUUCUAGAGAAUCUGAUGCAACUGCUCGUGUGUGUGAACUCCUCAAGUACCAAGGAGAGCACGGUCUUCUGAAGGAGAUGCAGCAGUGGUCCAUUCCUCCAUUUCCUGUAAGUGGCCAUGACAUCAGAAAAGUGGGCAUUUCUUCUGGAAAAGAAAUUGGGGCUCUCUUACAGCAGUUGAGAGAACAGUGGAAGAAAAGUGGUUACCAAAUGGAAAAAGAUGAACUGCUAAGUUACAUAAAGAAGACCUAAAAUUGAUGAGAGCUGGCUACUAAAAAAGCAGAAACGUUUUGGUAAGACUAGUUUUUUCCCCUCCGCCCUUAGUGAGAUUUAAGAGACUGGAAUAGUGAGAUUUAAGAGACUGGAAUAAAAGCCAGCUUAGAGGAUUUCUUCAGAAGAAUAAAGGUCUUAUUUUGUGAAAUACAAUUAUAUUUCAGGCACUAAAGGAAAGUCUACGUCCUCUUAAUCUGAUUUAUAUCGCUGAACCUUGUAAUUCUUUUGGAAUAGUUCCUACUGAGGAAAAAAAAGAGUUGGCUUCGCUUAAUCUGUCUAGGUUUUUUUUAAAAAGUGGGUUUUUUGGUUUGUUUUUGCACAGGGCAGUACUAAGAUUAAUCCUAACACGUGGUAAUAACUGUUUUGAAAAAGAUGUUUCUUAGUAUUUGCAAUUGAAAUACCUGGUUUAAUUUUCUACAACGAUUGUGUAUGAUAAGUGUCAGUUUUUAUCUGAAUUCCAGAAUAAACCUGUGCUUGAAAAUAGCUGACAAAUUUGCAUAAAGUAUCAUAUAUAAAACGUGAAGAUCAGAUGUGUCCCACGUGGCCGUCAUUCCUACACCCAGGACUUGACUUGUUCUAGGGAGCUGUAGUUUAGUAUGUAGUUGAUACUUUUCUCUGCCAUAAUGAACGAUUUCUGUAACUUCCUGCUAAGCCGGGAAAGAUUAGCUUGAGGGUUAGUCUUGAGCCCGUUAUUUUAAUAAACAUUUCCUUUGGAAUUUGGAAGAUAAAUGUGGGUAUCUAUAUAUGUGUGUGUAUAUAUAUAUAUAUAUAUAUAUAUAUAACAAACAAACAGGUGCCAUAUAUAUAUAUAUAUAUAUAUAUAUAUAUACAUAGUGACAGUACUCCUGUCACUUUAAAGUAAAAUAAGGGUUAUGGCCUUUUGCUCUUUAAAGAUCUGAGGCCAGAUGCUUGCAGUGGGUGAAGAGGUGUAUCACACACAAGUAUUAUUUAUUCUGACAUUUUAUAAUUUUCCUUUCUGUGUAGCCACUCAUAGCAUCUUUGUGCGCUACUGGCAAAUAAAUAGCAAUUUUGGACCUUGAUAAAACAAUUUUGAAAAGCAUAUUUCUGUUAAAGCCCUGCUAAGAGGAAGUGUGACAGACAAACACUCAGUGUACAAACAGGGGCCAUGUUGCAAGAAAGGGAGCCUCAGAAACGACUGCACACAGGUCAGUAAUUAAACGUCUUAUAAAAUAACCCACUGAAAUAUUUAAGUAUAUUAAGAUAUAUUUGGAACCAACACUGUAGAAUUCCUACUGUGCUAUGUAGGAAGUAUGCAGAUUUAGCUAUUUGAGGUCUGGCUUCAUCACGUAUAAAGAGACUUUUUAAAAUAGUAUAUGCGUGUUUUUAUAUACCAGGAAAUUUUAUUUGCAAGUGUCAGUAAAUAAUAUAGAACAUUCUGAGAUUACACUCUUCAGGGGGCAAAAUGUUCCCUCACUACACCUGGUUUAGAGGACGUUUUAGUUCAGUGUAAGACUGACUAUGACUAUAUGAACAAACAGUAGAGUCAUUAAAAACCCAAGGUUAUUAUUAGUUUGUAACAAAGUAAAGGUUAGGCAUAUCGAAUACAGAAGGGGGGCACAUGCUAAAAAACCGACAGCGUCCUUGAGUUGCUUUUCAUUUACUCUCUUUUUACAUAAAUGUGCAACCUUAUACUCAGUUGCGGAUUCCAGGCUAGGCAGUCAAAACCAUUGCAUGUUUGGAAAAAGAAAAUAUUGACAAAUUCAAACAUGAGAAAUUUAACAGUCCGUUUUUGGCCACAUCCAUCGUACCUGAUUAGGUGAACUUUUCCCAGUGAAUUAUGUAAAGCAGUGAAGGAACAUCAAAAUUACGCAAAUGUAAAAGGAUCCAAUAAACCCCUUGAAUGUAUAAGCAAAAAGAGGUAGGUGGCAAAUCAGUCUGUCUAGAACUUUAUCUUAAGAAUUAUUUCUUACACCUAGAUUAUCCGCUUAUGAGUAGAUAUUUUACAUUAUUUAAACAAAGAACAUGUUUAAUUUAGUUUUGCUCUUACAGUUUACUUACAGAGUUUCUUUAGUUUACAUUGAACAAAAUAGCCUAUAAAAUACAUUAGCACAUCUCACUUGUAGGAAGGGGACGUGUUUUAACAUCUGUGUUCCACAGUAGUCUAGGUUCAAAUGAAACUUUGGAACAGAAUAACCAAACACACAAAAUACUAUUUUCACUAACAAACAAACAUGUUAGGAAAGGAGAACUUUUAUUUUGGGGCUCAAACUGUGUACUUUAGUUUCUCUGAGAUACUGAUUUGUAAAUUUUGAAAGUAUUAAAGAAAAUCAGAAAGAACAAAGCCCUUUUAAAAUAAUACACACACUGCCUUGCCUCUUUCAAAAAGGGACCGUGCUAGUGCUUGGCACCCUAGCUUUUGGAAACUUCUGCCGUUUUGAGCAUUGGUACAAACGUGCCAUUCUGUUCCAUGUAUCAGGAUCAAAUGAGGAACCCUCACAUUUUAAGAAUUUAUAGGAAUUUCAGGUAUGUUUUGUGCAGGGAAUACCCUCACCAGUUUCACAGAUGUCUUCAUGUCCUAUCAGAUCCCACAGAAUAAGAGCACCAAGCUCCUAAAGUAGGUAACUCCCGAAACCAAGUAUUCUAGACUGCUUUUCAUCCUCUUCAAUAGUGUAUUUUAGUCUAAUCUUCAAAUACUGUUGUUUGUUUGACUAAGAAACUGCAACCUUCCAUGUAAUGUCGCUUUUUACUUAGGUAUGCAUCAAAAGCAGUAAUUUCCAAAGCAGACCUGAUGUUAGAAUACUGAUUUUGCUAAGGAACCUUAUCCCUACCGUAUUCGUUUAUAAGCAGAGUAUUAUUUUGUCUGGGCUUAUGUCAUCUUCAGUGUCUGGGAUCGUGGGCAGCAGAGCAGAUCGAGUCAAACCCCAGAAUUUUUGAGGUAACAUGUCUUUUUUGGUGGCUGUAAAUUUCCAUCCAAUAUGGCUUGCACAGAUCCUGCACUGGGCAAUGGUCCAGGCGAACCUAUAAAAUUAAGGAAAGGUAUCAGCUGAGGCUGUGUAUCCCAGCCUAUCAACCAUAUAAACCUGUUAGGAAGACAGAUCUUAGAGCCAAAUUCUAAGGAUGGGGAAGAAGGAAUACUCUUGAGUUUGGAUUUAUACAGUUUCCUGAAACAAACCUCACAAAAAGAUUUUCUAGUUUGUAUGGUUCAGCGUGGUAAUGCGUCAGUCUCUAUAUAUAUAUAUGUUACUUGAUUGUGCUCUUAAGCUGUGCUUAAAUUUUUUUCCUCCAAUGCCAAGAAAGAAAAAAAGAAUAAAUAAUCUUAUUAAUACAGAUGUUUUUAUACAAGUUGCUGGUUGCCAGGACCACACUCUAAAUUGCAGCUGCAUUUUCUUUGUUUUGUAUUGCACUCAAGUUAGAAAACAGCAACCACCAGUAGAAAUACACACUUUUGUGUGGGUUACAACUGGGGAUGGGGGAGGUAAGUGUUUUUCUCACGUAAGAAAGAUUUCAGGACUACUCUUCUAAAAUGAGAAUGAUUUGUCAGGUAAUUCAUCCAAAAAUACAAGCCAUGGCAUUACAGAAAGAAAACCCAAACAAACCAAAAGCCCAAACCAUGUAAUGGUACUUUUUCCCCUGGAUAUAGCCCCCGUUUAGUAUUUAUGUUAUGUUAACAUGUUAAUUCUAGUUUUCGUCCUUAAGAAGGAUAUCAAAUAAGACUGGACAAUCUAAGUGAUAUGGUUCUAGGUCCAGAAGAGUAAGUAUAUAGCACUAAUCCCUACUCAGCUUGCCUCUCUCAAAAUAAAAAGGCUGAGCCAGUAUUUGGACAGAUAAUAGGGGGUCUUGAAGAUAAUAUGGCUCAAGGAAUCUAACAGGUGGUGCUGUUGGUCCCACAGUCAUACUCUGAAGGGCACUGGGCUAAAGCAAAAAACAAAACAAAACAUGCAAACUUAGAAGAAAAGCAAGCAUGGUUUCUGUGUGUUUGGUGUCUAUCACUGCUUGGGUAACAUUCUCUAGUUUAACACUUUACAGAAUAUGAUACAGAUACACAGUGGACCCUCGAUCAACACAGGGGUUAAAUCCGCCUAUAAUUUACAGUUGGCCCUCAUAUCUGCGGUUCCUCUGCAACCAACGAUUCAAUCAACUGCAGACCACGCAGUACUGUAGUAUUUUUACUAGUGAAACAUAUCUGCGUCUAAGUGGAUGCAAGCAGUUCAAAUCCACGUUGUUUAAGGGGUCAUACAACAGUUGAUUUUCAGAUUGAGCUGACAGGAAAAUGAGUGUGGAUUGUGGAUUAAGUGUAUAGUUAAUCUGAGGAGAAGUGCAGUUGCCACCUUCUUUCUCCCUAACAUUACAUUCAGUGAGACUGUGCAAGAAGAGCUUUUUCUAGCCGUUCAUGAAAUGAACAUUUAAAUAGAAUUAUUCACUUCGUUGUCUAUUUCUGAUUAUAAUUCUAGCAGCUCUGCUUAGGACUCUGGGUUUUUCUUCCCAAUUAAGGCAAAACCAAAAAAAAGUGACCACCACCACAUUACCCAGGAAACCAGCUGUGCUCUGUAGAAGGCCGGCCGAUCAGAUUCAAGUUGCAAGCCUUAUACACGGUAAGCGUCUCAUGCACGUAUCCGUGAGGAUUCACAUAAGCUGCCAUCGGCCCACAUAAGGAUAAACUAAAACAGAGAAUCAGCACAGAGGACAAGUCAAGUCAAAAUGGGGUGGGGUGGAAAUAACAUAUUUUAAAAGUUCACCAAGAAACAAGGUUCUAAGAGCUAUAGUUUUUAACCUUUUAGUUAAAACUAAUAAUAAUAAGAGGUUGGCAGUCAGCCCAGUUUUAUUUGGUCUAAAUGUUUUCCAUGAUGACAAAAAGGAAAAAAUACUGCUAGUUUUUAAAAUCUUCCUCAAGAUAGACAUUGUAAAAUAUAUAUGGACUCAGCUUCCCCUAAAGGAGCCUGAGAGGGGAAGUCCAAUGACACGUUUCCACUUGGUCAUUCUUGGGCAUCUGAGUACUCUGCAAACAGCAGUUCUUCCCUUCUUGAUUUAUAAUGACUUUUUGUCAGAAAAGCAUCAGUACACGUUCAGAAGCAUGUCCUCCUUUAUCUUUGACGCUAUGUGGCGAAACUGAUAUUUGAGUGAAAUAUCAUGGUAGGUAGGCACUAAGAAGAUAUCCUCUAAUUGACAGAUUUUCAACAAGGAGGUGGGGGGGGGGGGGGGAGGAGAGAACUGCUCAGCUGUUUUACUUCACCAUGCUCAUUACCUAUGAAAAAUCCCUUACAUACCCCCCCACUGUUGUUCUGGCCAACAUGGAGUUAAUUCCCCCCCAUUUCAUUUGCUGAGUAUUUGUAAUUUAAUGGAGGGAAAUAUAUGGAGAACCGAAAUACGGUCUUGCCUGUAAUUCUGUUAUGGCAGUUGGAAAAACGUAUUCAGAUCUAUACUAAAAAUGUAAUAAAGAUCUCACCUGAAUAUUUCA